AUGGACGUGCAUCUGCUCGUGUAUGACCUCUCCCAAGGUCUUGCACGACAGAUGUCCAUGGGUCUUCUUGGCUUCCAGCUCGAUGCAAUCUACCACACCUCCAUCGAGCUUGAUGGUCUCGAGUACGUCUACGACGGCAACGUCGUAGCCAUCACCCCUGGCUCCUCUCAUCUUGGUCGACCACUGCAGCGUCUACAUUUGGGAAAGACCGAACUACCCAUGGAAGUCAUCCAUCCGUAUCUGGACUCAUUAAGAGAGAUUUAUACCGUCCAAGCGUACGACUUGUGGAAACAUAACUGCAACAAUUUCUCAAAUGAUUUCGCAACUUUUCUGCUGGGCAAGGGGAUACCAGACCACAUUCUCCACAUGCCCGAUGCUGUGCUGCAAUCGCCCAUGGGGAGAAUGCUCAUGCCCGCUCUGAACCAGCAGGUCGAGGCGGGCAGGCAAAGUAGAGAAGGCAUCUGGGGCAUCCAGAACGGCCAAGCAACCUCAGGCCCUGCUCAGCCCAAGAUUCAGCAUCAGCAAGCCACGGUACGGACAGCCGCCAGCUCCCAGGAGUUCGAUUCUCUUCUCGCGAGUGCGCAAAAGUCCUGCGCUGUUGUUUUUUUCACGUCUGCGACCUGUGCCCCUUGCAAGAUGCUAUACCCUUUGUAUGACGAGCUCGCAGCCGAAGUUGGAGAUAAGGCAGUACUGGUCAAGGUGGAUAUCUCACAGGCCUUUGACGUUGGCAGUCGGUACUCGGUCCGAGCCACUCCCACCUUCAUCACUUUUCUCCAUGGCAAGGAAGAGAACAGGUGGUCCGGAGCUGACCAGUCAGCCUUGCGAGGGAACGUUCAGCUGCUUGUCCAGAUGGCACACCCGGUCCACCCCCAUGCAUCACUGAGGCUGCCGAGCUUGCAGAACCCGGAAGCGAAGCCCGUGCUCUUCACUAAGAUCCCGCCAUUGCAGAAGCUACUCGCAAAGAUGGGAACCGCGGCAGAUCACGAGGCCGUCAAGGCCAUUUCGCACUUCAUAGAAGCUCGCAGCAAAGAAGGCCCCGCAAAUGACCCGCUCCCCGAUAUGCCAUCUCUCACAGCCUUCCUCCAGGCCUCAACAAGUACGCUGCCUCCCGAGCUCAUGUUCACAGUCACCGACCUCCUCCGCUGCGGACUCGUUGAUCCUCGCCUUAGUGGCGUCUUCGCCGAAGAAAAAGACCACGCCACGGUCCUAUCCCUCCUUUCCUAUGUCAACGGCCUGAAAGACUGCCCGUACGCGCUUAGACUCGUCACGCUGCAGAUGGCCUGCAACCUCUUCACCACUCCUCUCUACCCAGACCAGAUUCUCACGCACGAGAGCCUGCGCACUGCGAUCACGGGCCUGAUAUCAGCCAGCUUCCUGGACGAUAACCACAGCAACGUUCGCGUCGCCGCCGCAUCGCUGCUGUUCAAUGUCGCGCUGGCAAACAACCGCAAGCGGCGCACGAGCCAGGACGACGCCCUCCCCGAGGCCGACCAGAUCGAGCUGGCCGCCUCGCUGCUCGAGGCUAUCGCGCAAGAGGGCGAGUCUACCGAGGCGCUGCAGGGCAUGCUGCUCGCUCUUGGAUACCUGGCUUACCUGGCGCCGCUGGAUGGGGAGCUGGUGGACUUGCUGAGGGUCAUGGCUGCGGAUGAUACUGUGAAAGGCAAGAAAGGCGCAUUCAAGGAUGUGAAGCUGGUUGAGGAGGUUGGUGGGGAGCUUCUCGGCAAGGGGCUGAGGAGGCCGUAG